GGCAGGACAGGCGCUGGAUCCCUCGUGAGAGCUUCCUGGAUCCCGCUCGGGGCAGGUGGGGCUGCUCUUCCUCCGGCUUCCAGGCCGUCCCUCCUGCCAGCAGAUCUUCCUCCCCGCCAGGAGGAAGGCAGCUGCGGAUCCCGCUCUUCGGUUUGCAGGGUUUUCCUCGGGGAGAUCCGGCUCUGGCGGUAACGGAUCCCUCUGGAGCAGGAAGCAACUGUCAUCAAAGAUUUACCUGCAAGUCAACUAUCAACAGAUAGUAGGAAAUCGGCACAUGGCAGCAGCUGCCAGAACGCAUGGAGUGUGGGAAACUUUUGAAUCCCCCGUCAGACACAAGCAGCACUCCGAAAAACCAGAAACAAUCCCACGAAUGCUCAGUGUGUGGGAAAUCCUUUGCUUUCCAGUCCCUCCUUCUGACCCACAGGAAGGUCCAUGUGGGAAGUGGAUCCAAUCAAGACUUUGAAGGUGAGAAAUCUUCUGGAAAAGACGCCAAAGAUCUCAGAAGGCCCCCCAGAUUAAACCCCUAUAAAUGUGAGGAAUGUGAUUUACGCUUUGCUCAAAAGUCAGGACUUCUUAGACAUCAGAAAAUCCACACUAGAGAGAAACCUUAUCAAUAUCUGGAAUGUGGGAAAUUCUUCCCUAAAAAAGCCAGGCUCAGAGACCACAAGAGGAUUCACACAGGGGAGAAACCUUACAAGUGUUGGGAAUGUGGGAAGAGCUUUUCUCAGAAGGCAAGUCUACGGGUCCAUGAGAAGAUUCAUGCAGGAAUAAAAUCUCACAAAUGCUUUUCGUGUGGAAAAUGUUUCACCCUGAGUGUCUAUCUUCACAAUCAUGAGAAAACCCACAGAGGGGAGAAAAACGAAAAGUGCCUCAAAUGUGGGAAAUGUUUCACUUGUAAAUCAAAUCUGGUGCGACAUCAGAGACUUCACACUGGAGAGAGACCCCUAUAAAUGUCCAGAAUGUGGGAAAACAUUUGUGGCUUCUUCUGAACUUCGGAGACACCAGAAGAGGCACACAGUGGAGAAACCCUAUAAAUGUGGGGAGUGUGGGAAAGGCUUUCUUGCACAAAGUGAGGUCCAGAUUCAUCAAAGAAUCCACACAGGGGAGAAGCCAUUCAAAUGUGUGGAGUGCGGGAAAUGUUUUUCCCGAAAAAAAAAACCUUGGAAUCCAUCAGAGGGUCCAUACAGGAGUGAAGCCAUACAGAUGCAUAGAAUGUGGGAAAUGUUUUGCUUAUACAGGAGGACUUUGGAGACAUCAGAAAAUCCACACUGGAGAGAAACCUUAUCAAUGUCUGGAAUGUGGGAAAAUUUUCCGUAAAGAAGCCACUCUUAGAGACCACAAGAGGA